CAAAGUGAAUCACAUUAAUACCAACAAUCACUGGAGAUAUCUGUUUUAUGAUGCUUAUUAAUUGUCAUCUAUGCUACUUCUACUACAAUCAUUGUUGUGAUGCUGUCUUCUUCCACUUCAAGCCAAUGUAUGACAUGAUGCUUGAUCUACAAAAACAUAAAGCCUCUAACUAUAGUUUCCAUUUCCAAUGCGACCAGAAAUGCUUUAAAAACCUAAGGAUUUGAUAUGUUAGUAAAAUUCAUCAAUAAAUUCUUUUGGUUCUUGUGAUAUUUUCUAUAUUGUCUACCACGGAAAGGUUCCAUGGAAGGGAUUAUUAAUUUCACUAGACGACACUCUUGGAAAUGUAAGGGCCAUAUCCUUUUACAUUAAAUCUAGGUGUCCAGCAUCAGGGUACCAUCCUACUAUUCAUCCAUAAUUGUUAUUUCUUAGUUUGAUAUACAUAUCCUUUUAGUUGCGAGUGGUGGUCAGACCAACUAUAUUAUAUGGGGCGAAGUGUUGGCCAGUCAAGCCCUCCCGUAUCCAGAAGAUGUGAAUGGUAGAGAUGAGGAUGUUGAGCUGGAUGUGUAGAUAUACCAUGAGAGAUAACAUUACGAGCGAAGGUAUUCGGGGCAAGGUAUGAGUGGUUCUCGUGGAAGAUAAGAUGUGGGAAGUGAGGUUGAGGUGAAGAGGAGAGGUGUGGAUCCCUGGUUAGCAGUUGUAAGAGGUUAGCAGUGGUAGGCUUGAGGAGUGGUGGACGUAGGCUUGAGGAUGAGGUGAUUAAGCAGGAUAUUGUGCAACUUCAGCUCACGAAGGACACGACCCUUAAAAGGAGGCUGUGAAGGUCAAUGAUUAGGGUAGAAGCAGGUCAGCAACUUAUGGCAAGGACAAAACAUCGACAGUCUGUACCUGUUCCUAAAACUAAGAAAGAUAGUCUGGGACCUUCACAGGUAAACCACCUGGAUGAAGAUAGCUGGAUAAUAGUCAAGAAGCAGAAAGUUACAAUAUUGGUCCCACAGCUACCUGCUCCUAAGCAGUCCGUGGUGCAUAAUGCUGGAGAAAACCUGAUACAUGUACCACCGAUUAAACCUACUGAUAAUCGACCACAUCAAGUUGAGAUGCAUACUGAAGCUCAGGUAGUUUGUAAAAGGGAGGUGCCAAAGUCUUUGGCACCUGAAGUUAUUAUACCAACAGCUGCCGUAGUAGUUCCACAAAUAAUUUCUCAGUUCCCAAGACCAUUAAGGCAAAGUGAAAGGGAACGUUUAGAAAGUCGACCAAUGCCUAGUUUCAAAACUAAUAAAAGGACUGGUGUUUGCUCCACCUCUAAGAUUACCAAGCCAUCAAUUAUUACUGCUGAUAGGGGUACGAUGAUUAAUAAAAGAAUAAGAGCAAUUAAUCUUGAGCGCAAGCUUGAAAGUGCUGGAGGCUUAAGAAGUUGGCUGGUAUCAAGGGGCUUUGAACAUUUUGUGAACAUCUUUCAGACCAAGAGUAUUAACAAGUAUCAAUUGGCAAAUCUAACCAUGGAAAAGCUCAAGGAGAUGGGUUCGCACGCUGUUGGUCCUCGGAGAAAACUGAUACAUGCUAUUGACUGCCUUUGUCGUCCAUGCUGUUUUGAUCAUCCAAAUCUCACGAGACGAGAUGGAUUUGUCAAAUGAGAUGCUACUAGUACAGAUUAUUUUACUCUAAAUGUUCAUUACAAACUGAUCAGGCAUGUGCAACAAAGAGGUAGAGUUGUUACUGUGUCUUGAAAAUUUUUCAGAUCUUUAAUUUGGUGCCACUUGCCUAUAGAAGUAUAACAUAAUGCAUUGAACCUCUUAACUGAAAAAUCUUUGAUUUGGUGCUGCUGCAUCUAUCAAUGAGGUGAGAUCAAGAACAUUAAAAUA